AUGGGGAGGACUUUGGUGAAGGUCCUGAGUCCUCCACAAAUAUAUGGAUGGAGAGUGUUUGCAUUGGUGUGCGCAUCAUGUUUUGGUGGGAUGCUCUUUGGUUGGGAUAUCGGCGCAAUAGGAGGUAUUCUGAUCAUGCCGAAAUUUAUGCAGGACUACGGCAUCGACGUAAAGGAGAAGGACAUACUAUCGGAAAACAUCGUCUCGACAUUGCAGGCCGGUUGCUUCGUCGCGUCGCUCCUUGCCGGCCCCUUUUCCGACAAAUACGGGCGAAGAUGGUCGCUGAUAAUAUCCGCAAUCAUCACCUGCGUUGGCAUAGCACUCCAGGCAGCCCCGACGCUGAGCCUUCCCAUACUAUACGUCGGUCGGUUGGUGGCAGGAUUCGGAGUAGGAGCAGCUUCGAUGCUUACACCGUUAUAUGUUUCAGAAUGUGCACCAAGAGCUAUCAGGGGUGCUUUGACGGGCUGUUACCAACUGUUCAUCGUCAACGGGGUCAUGCUAUCGUUUUGGGUGAACUAUGCUACGCAGUACCACUGGGAGGAUAGGAAUGUAUAUUUAAUUCCGCUUUCACUACAAGCAGUACCAGCCAUUUGCAUGAUAGUGGGCAUGCUUUGGUGUCCUGAAAGCCCCCGAUGGACCGCGAAGAUGGACGACUGGGAGAGAACAACGUACAUCCUGUCCAAACUUACCAACUUACCAGAAGAUCACGAAUACAUCGACCACGAGCUCUACGGCAUGGCCGAGCAACUUGAAAUUGAGCGUCGUCUCGUCGGCGAUGCAACAACUUGGAUACUACUGAAAGAAAUGUGGCUGAUCCGAGGCAACCGAAACCGGGCCCUUAUCUCGAUCGGGCUCAUGGUAUGCCAACAGAUGACGGGAGUGAAUGCCAUUAACUACUAUGCGCCUCAAAUGUUCCAAGCUCUAGGCAUGAACAGCACGGAGAGCUCUCUUUUUGCUACGGGCAUCUACGGCGUUGUCAAAGUCAUACCCCCUUUCGGCUAUGUUGCCCUUGUUUGCAUCUUUCUAUUUGCAGCCUUCUUCCAAUUUGGUUGGGGCCCGUGUUGUUGGAUCUACGUCAGUGAGAUACCCAGCGCACGUCUCAGGGCCAUGAACGUCGCACAAGCAGCAGCGACGCAAUGGCUAUUCAAUUUUGUAGUUGCAAGAACUGUACCUACGAUGAUGAAGAACAUGGGAUAUGCCGGCUACGGAACAUAUUUUCUUUUUGGGUCUUUCUGCGCAAGCAUGUUUUUCUUUGCCUAUUUCUUGAUUCCGGAAACGAAGGGGAUGAGCUUGGAGAAGAUGGACGAGCUCUUUGGAAUCACAGACAUGCUGCGUGUCAUGCAAGACAUGGAACAUCGCCGGCCGUACAGCCACCGAUCCACCGCCGAGUACGAACUGAAGGAAGAGGACAAGUGGCAGCGGCUGUCAGGAUAG